UACUGGUUUGAUAACAUACUAACUUUAUAUGGUAUACCAUCAAACGUCAAUCAGUUUAAUGAAAAAUGAUUUCAUAUUGAUCAAGCGUACUUGAGCAUCGCUAUACUCGCAGCAAUAUUUCGGAGCUGAAAUUGGUCGGUUUCGUCUCGUUCGAAGCAAUCCUGGUCGGUUUAAACAGACUCGGGCAGACAUAAACCGGUUCUCCUGUAUAUAACGGGCGGGAGGUACUGCGUAUUUUCACAGCGCUCAUUUGUUCAAGAACGAACGUCAAAUCUGUGUCGGACGCUUGAAGGAAAUUGUCUGAAAUGGAUAAGUCAAUUCCUACGUUUAAGCUGGUUCUAAUCGGAGACGGAUCAGUGGGCAAAACGACUUUUUGCAAGCGCCACCUGACGGGUGAGUUCGAGAGGAAGUACAUUGCGACUGUGGGAGCUGAGGUCCACUCGCUGCUGUUCCACACCAACCGUGGUCCUGUGAGGUUCAAUCUGUGGGACACUGCUGGACAGGAGAACUUUGGAGUGCUCCGUGACGGAUACUACAUUGGGGCACAGUGCAGUAUCAUCAUGUUCGAUGUGACGGCCAUGACAACCUACCAACACGUUCCUGAUUGGUGGAGAGAUCUUGACAGGGUGUGUGGCAAAAUACCCAUAAUGCUCUGCGGCAACAAGGUCGACGUCCGAGAACGGAAAGUCCGAUCAAGGAUCAUCAAAUUCCAUCGCAAGAAGAACUUGAUGUACUGUGACAUCAGCGCAAAGAGCAACUACAAUAUCGAGAAGCCGUUCCUCAGCCUGUUGAGGAAGUUAGUGGGAGACUCCAAGCUGGAAUUUGUGUCCGGGCCAUGUCACCCCCCACCGGAGAUCAGCAUCGACAAGGAUACUCUAGCCAGGAUGGAAAAGGAACUAGAGGAUGCAACUAACAUGGCUCUUCCUGAAGACGAUGACGAUCUGUAGUGUUGCAAUCUGCAACUGGUCACUGCACUGGCAGUCUUACACCAAGGCAUUCGAUACAUGGGUCUUUGGUUAAAAUGGUUGCAUGGGUAGAAAAUGACACAGAUCCUGGGUAGCCCAGUGGUUAAAGCGUCCACCCGUCACGCUGAAGACCUGGGUUCAUCUCGACAUGAGUACAGUGCGUCCAUCCUUGAUACACCAAUAUAGCUGGAAAAUAGCUCAAGUGGGGUGUAAACCAAUACUCGUUCAACUGGCUGAACGAAACAGGGACAAGGCAUUUCUUCAAGUGCCAGGCGUCAUGCAAACGAAAAGAUGAAUUCUACGAUCAGGACCAAGUCUACUUUUGUUCUGGUUUUGCAUGUAGACAAUAAAGUGGUGACAUAUCCAUGACACAGACUGAGUAUUCCUCCGCCUUGACUGAUGGUUGUGAUGGAUCAGUCAUGUUAAACAUGGGUCUUUCGUUUCCUACCUCAUUAGGAAACUCUUACCUUUCAAUGAACACCUGGCUAACGGACUAUUUCAACAAGCACCUGCUGUCCUGAGGAAACAGUCAUCAGAAACACUAACGUCCUUGUUCUGAAUUUAUAUUUACUGUGCAAUUUGAUCUGUCCAUAAUAGUUUCAAAUGAUGAAUAUUUUCAAAGGAAAUUACUAAGAAUGUAUUUGUGUAAACUCUGUCACAGAAACAUGAAUUCCAAAAUAUCACCGAUUCAAUAUUACAGUGAUUGAAAGACGGUCUGUUCUGGCUUGGGUGUUCCCUUUCCUUCCUUGUUCUGGAUUUAAUAUGAAAUACAUGCAUGAAACUGAAA